CAUUGUAUUUUGUAUCAAUUAUAGUUUUCGUAUUGCGGCUUUUGCGAAGUUUUUAUUUAAUUUACAAUUGUAUGGUGUAUAUUAGGAGUAAUAUAGCCGCUACAUAUGUAAACAUUUACAUCAGUUUUACGUGCAUCAUAUGCGUAAUUAGUUGCACCGUUGUUAUGGUGCUAAACGUGAUAUUUAAUCCUGAGAACGACGCCAACCUAUUAUAAGAACUAAAGCCAUUGCAAAAAAAAAAAUAAUCUUAACUUAAAUAUUAAUGAAUUAAAUGAUAUGGAGAAUAUAGAAAUAGAAUAUCUCGAUGAGUACAAAGACUUGGUGUUGCCUGGCAUCAACACAAACAGCGAUACGCCAACGACAACGACGGCGUCAUUAAACAACCAAGCGGGCUCAUCAGCGUCUCUUUCGCGUUCGCAAGGUAGACGCAUCUCAUCGGACACCAGUGGUUCGUCCUCCAUCGAUCCGGAUAUAUUUCAAAAACUUUUCGAUGACAAGUUUAUGGAGGACGAGCUACUUAAUGAAAGUAGUACAAACGUCAAGGAUAGAUCUCGACAUAAUUCAAGUUCAUCGUCAAGCGGUUCCAACGAUGCUCUGGAUGCAUUGUUUAAUCGACAAACCCACAAAGCCCAUGGGAGCAAAAGACGCGGUCGAUUGGAAUCAUUUGACUCUCUAGAUGAUUUGGGUGAGGUGUUGAUGGGUUCCAGUCACAAACUGCUGUUGUCGAAGGCAAGCAGCAGUAGUUCAAGAAAAUCACAAAGUCUGCACAAAGUCACAAGUGCCGUCAAAUCGAAAAGUCCUGAUAAAGUGCUGAAAACAUAUGGGCAAAGUCAUAGUGCCUCCUCGCCACCUUUUAAUGCAAGAGCUGCUGGCUCAAACAUUAAUGGCAAUAGCAGCAGCAGCAGCUCGUCGAACCAUCAGCUGCAGGACAAUAAAACCAAGAAACCUGUAACCAUAAUUGAAGCACAGAAACCUGACUUGAAGCCAUCCAAACAUGAACCCAAAGAGGAUCCACUGCAUCUACAAGACUUACCCUGCGACUCGGAUAGCGAUUCUUCAUAUGUAUAUGAAUCGGAUUUUUACGGUUAUGACGAUUCCGACGAGGAAGAUGACUCGAAACAAAUUAUUGACAUAUCAACGGACACGAGCGCAACACCAUCUGUGGCGGAAACUGUGUCACCUGUUGUUUCCGACGACGAGAGCCAGCAAGCGCCGGAGUCGCGUCAACACCAUGAGCGUGACCAGCAGCCACUAACGCCAAUUGGCAAAAAUGAGCGUCUGAAAGUGUAUUUAGAUAAUCUAAGUGACGCUGAAACGCCGCCUUCAAGACACAAACACUCGCGUUCUCCCACAAAAAAAUCGUAUGCCAAUGAACAAAAUCAAUCAGACUCACAACAGGUUAAUGACUCCUCCACGGGAAACAUCGGCCAAUCGAUGGCCGGGGGAGAGCAACAACUUGAAGUAGCCUCGAGCAGCACAAUCACAAACCCACGUCGUCUUUUCGACGACGAAGGCGGCGGCGGCGACGACUCGCACAAUUUGCCACCUGCCGAUUAUGUGGACAAUAAUCUCACCUAUGAAACAUUGGAGCGCCUCAGUCUUAAUUUGGCCGAACAGAUAAGCAGCAUUGAUGCUGAGCGCUCCAUUGAGUUCGAGAAACGUUCCGGGUCUAAGCCGCGUAGUAAAUCGAUCUCUCAACCAACAAGCUCAUCAUUCUUCGUCAGUCAUGUGCGCAAGCUCACUUAUUCGAACGAAGCUUUGGAUAAGGCAGUCAUAGGUAGAACGAACCUGCGACGCGCUAUAAGCGAGGGUCCGUUUCCUAAAGGCAAGCGAGGAAGACCACCCAAGAAGCGAACUGACACCACGGAGGAGCAAAAGUCAGUUAUUUCGCUGACGCCAAAGAAACAAUCAGACAAAAAUGAUCUCGACAUAAGCGAGGGCUGCAAAAAUAACACACAUGUUGUAGAACCAGUGUCAGUGCUGGAGUCAGCUCCGGAGCCAGUACUGAUGAAAGCAUCGGAUCCAGUUACAGAACCAGAACCAACGACAGUUACAGAGCCAAUACUGAAAACGAUUACGGAGCCAGUACCAGCAAACGUAAUGGAACCAGUAUUACCGACAGUCUUGGAACCCGUAUUGAUGACAGUUACGGAGCCUGUGGAAGAAAAAUUGCAACCUUCGAAAGCGGUACUGGAGUUAACUCCAGUAAAAAGGAAACCAGGCAGGCCACGUAAAAAGAAAAGAAUAGAUAAGAGCCGAUCAAAACUACCAGUCUCUCCUGAACUUCCGAAACAUAAGGAUGCUGAAAAUAAAAUCGUUAUAACAAAUGAAAAUAGCAAUUUUGGAAAAGCAACCCAAGAAAUUGAAAUAUUACAAGUGGAUACAACUGACAAGGAAAAGAUUUGUAAUUCUAUUGGAUCAGAUAAAAAUCAAAAUAGUUCAAAAACUCAAAAAACAGAGGAAAACCUAACAGCAGCAAUUGAAAGCAUUACAGUGAUGGAGAAUUUUAUUAGGGGAUCUGAAAUGCAAACAGAUUUAAAAGAUACCAAUGACAAUAGCAAAUCAGAAAUUGACGCCAUCGCAAAGGAAAAUUUGGAGAAUUUACAGGAAACCGAAAAUCCUAUGGAGGAAGUUGUUAAUAUUUUAGAAAUGGCAACAAUUAAUAGUGUUAAGGAAUGCGAUAAGGAAACGGGUGACGUACAAGAACCAAUUGAAACUGUCACAUCAAUUAAUGAGGAGAUUAAAAUGCCAGAGGUACCAGAAAUUACUUCAAAGGAUACGAUUAAUGAAGAAUCAUCGAAAAUUAUUGAAGAAACUGAGCAGCAAGUUGAUGUGGGUGCUAACAUUGAGCUGACAGAAGAAAAUAUGGAAAAAUCACAUGAGGAGAUUGAGCUGAACGAAAUGCAUGAGGCAGAUGAAUUAGUUAAAGAAAUGGCGAAAAUUUGCGAAGGAGAAUCGUUAGAUCAGAUUGUAGAGGAAGUCAUUAUUAGAUCCGAACAGGAAGUUACGGACGAUGUUAAUCAGCUGAUAACACCACAAGGUAACGAAGGAAAUUUAACUGAAGUUUCCAAUGCUCCAGAAGAUCUAGGUGCAGCAGAACUUUGUGCUGACAAUUUGCCAACACAAGAUAUUAAAACUGCUUCCAAGGCGAUUAUUACGUGCGAAAAGGAAUGCUCAGAUGGCUCCAAAACCAUAACAGGUCGCAGGAGUCGCAGUGGCAAACGCACUACCAAAGGCGAAAUCAAUUUGUCCGCUGGCGAAAGUCCUAUGUUGACUGAAAGCAAAGACCAUAAAUUUGAUGCAGAAAACAAAGAUACCAAAGUUGAUUCUGGGGAUAGCGCAACGGAACACAAGCGGAGCAACUCCAAGCAAAAGAAGUCUGAAACGAGUUUAAAACCGGUGACGAACACAACUGAUAAACAGAAGGAUAAUUUAUCUCGAAAUAAGAAAGGACGCUUUCGAAAGCGGAAAGUAGAAAUGUCGGAAGAAAAUCAGUUAAAUGAUUUCACUUUGGAUUCCAAUAACGAGGAUAUUAAAACAGUACCUCAAACAACAUCCGCAACUGAAGGACAGCCAUUAAACGAUAGCCAAACUAAUAUAGAAUCUCCUGAACCAAAUAGCAGUAAUGAGAAUUCUGCAACAGAAAACAAAGCCCUUCAAACGAAGCGAAAAUCGAAAAGUGCCAAGUCAACAUCGAAGGAAACAAAAAGUGAAGACUCAGAAUCCAAUUUGGAUGUUAGCGGUAAGCCAAUUCCUUUAGAUUUGCCCUCAACAUCUCAAGAACAGACAACAGGUAAAACUCCCAGUGAAAAUCUAGAAUCGAUUGAUUUUCAAGAAAAUGUUGCAAGCAAAGUGACAUCAGGCAAAAAGAAUCGAAAAACGUUGAUUAUCAAGAGGCAACCAAAAAAAGCUGACAUUCUGUUGUCAAGCGACAGGCACCUCGGUAUGUCUCAAAAUGCUGCAGAAAACCUGAAAGUUGUCAAUAUUUUAACAGAUUUGAAAUUUGUCGUAGAAAAUAUCGCAGAAAGUAACAUCUUACCAGAAGAGAAAAAUCAGAUCAGCGAAACCGAUGAACUAGUCAAGAACUUGCAGGGCACACAAGUUGCUACCGCCAGUGACUCGAUGAUGAAACAAUUGAAGCCCAAAGAAAUUACUGACAUUCAAGAGUCUGAAGGUAGAACGACGCGUUCCAGAGCAGGUACACCAGCAGCAGCGCAACGGUUUAAAUCAAGAGAAAAGGAAACCGCACCAAAUACGGGUAAGGAGCAGGACAAAAGAGUACAGGGUCGCAAAGCGUCAGCUAGUCGUGCAGCUACGAAAUCCAAAGAUCGUGAAAAUAACUCAUCGAAAGAAACAACAACUUUGUUGGUUGAUUCUCAAAUUGCGAAAUCAAAAACUAAGCCACGAAUAGGACCCAAGAAUCGACGAGCAGCUGUCAAAGAAAGCAAGACCCCGGUAGAGACUGCAACUGCAGCACAGCUUCUCGAUGGCAAAGCUACCCCAGUUAAUUUUGGCUCAUCGGUUGCCAGCACGCCAAGCACCAACUCCUCAACAAAUUCGGGGCGCAAGUUGCGAGUCUUGAUGAAAAAAUCAAAAAUUAUGUUCAACCUAGAGCAACAGGAGGACAACAUGGCUAAUAGAACUGACAAUUCACAGGCCGUUAGUGAGGGCACAUCAAAAGCUGAUAAAUUGGAUGCAGAAACUAAAGAAGCUCUUAUUGCAACUCAGCUGGAGCAGAAUUUGUUGAACAAUCUAUUACAGGAUGACAUUGAAGCUAUGGAGUUAGAUGAGCAGACAACUCAAAUGCAAUUAAUAGAUCAACAGCUUGAUAAUAAUGAGGAUAUGAUUACAACUCAAUUUGAAGACGCCACUGAUGAGAAAAAACUCGAAUCAAAUGUUCAAGAUGCACUUCAGUCCGAGAUGGAAACAACCGAAUUAGAUCAACUUGAAAUGAAGGAAUCAGAAGCUGAUCAAAUUGAUCAAUCAAAUGUAACGGAAACAACAGGUGUCCAUGACCACAACGAUGAUGGUGUGAGCUCCACGCAAACGGAUGUCUCCCAGUCAGAUGUAGGUGGUUCAAAGACGAAGCAUUUGAUGCAAGCGAAGACAAUAAUGGCACCGCCCACUAUAUCACAUAGCAAAGUAUCUACUGGAAAAUCAGUUAUGCGAAGACCGUUUAAUGCUUAUGAGCAGAGCACGCCCCCUGCAGAGAAACGCCGCAAGGUGGAAAUUAAAGCGAGAGACAAACCAAAGUCAUCUCCGGCAACUGCUUUGCAUCAAGUAAAAGGCUCAUCAUUUGUUUCUCCAAAGAAAGUGUCUCCUGUGCUGAACACGAAACCGGAAGCGUUCACAUCGCCUUCGAAAUCCACAUUAUCAUCGUUGCUGGGUGGCGAUGAGACACCCACGUUAAGCAGCUCUGUAGUUAUUACCAAGACUACUGUUGGCACAUCCAAUGAGCCUUUCAAACGCGUUGCAUCAACAUCUCCUGCAGCAACCUCCAGUGGAAUCAACAUAUCUGUAUCUGUGGUGCCAGACGCCAUUACACAACCCAAAAAGAAACUGACACAGGCGGAGACUGUCAAGAAGAUGUUGUCAAAGGCGAUGCAAUCGUCAACAGUAAGUAAGGGUGAUGGCAAAUCCUUGCCGGCAAAUAAGCCACGCAAAUCGGAGGCAGAUAAGCGAAGUAUUCAGCCCGUGAAGACAGUUGUGCCACUGGAGGAAAAGAGCGCAACAUUGCCAUUGCUCGGCAAAAAGUCUUUGCCGCAAAUUGAAACAAAGAAGAAGGCUGAAAAGCCGCAACGAAAAUCAAUGCUUAGCAAAAUAUUUGAUGCGGAUCCACUGCCUACUGAACCCUCCACUAGUAGUCAAGCAAAUGUGGCAGCAGCUGCAGCAACUUUGACUAUUGCAAAACAAGAAAAGAAGCGCCCACUGCAAAAGGAACCCAAAAAAUCGGUUGGCAAAGCCAAAACUAAAGAUUUGGAGGAAGUACGACAGCAGCUAGAAAAAGCAACAGCUGGACCAGCAAGAUCAACAUCUUCACCAGCUUUAUCCCCAGCUGCAGUUGAACUAGUUAAAGGACCAGCGAAACGUAUGCCAAAAAAACCGCCCCAAAAGCGCGACUUAAGUGUGGCUCGUUCUCUAGCUGAAUCAUCUGUUGAUCGUGUCGUCACCUCAACCUCCCGAGAAUCAUCUGGCGAUCGCACCAAGCGCACUCCUCGUGCUCCCAAAGCGUCCACAAUCUCGCAGGCAACAAGUAGCGAACCGCAACGACAGCCGAAGAAGGGUCAGAAAGUGACCACUGAUGUGACUCAGCAAGCAUUGAAGCACCAGCAGCGGCUGCAACAGCUACAGCAGGAGAAGAUACAAAAGGAGCUGCAAACUAAUCGGCUACAUCUAGUGGAGCAGACACAGCCACCAAAGAAGCAAAAGCAGCAACAGCAGCAGCAGCAGCAUGAGAAGCCCCAAGGACGCAAGCGAAAGCUUCCAGCUGUAUCUGGAGCAGAGGCUCCAAUAGUUAAGCGUGCCAAGCAACAACCGGAGAAACCAUCGACGACAUCAAUUGCCUUCCCUGUGCGCAUUACAGCUGCAUCGUCUGUCAGCCAGAGUGUGAUGCAGCCUUCUGCUCUUCAGCCUCUUCCCCUUCGAGCGAAGCCUAUUGUCAAACUGCCAGCGCUUCGAAAAGCACGUCGUUUACGAGUGCGUCUCAAUCGUCGAGUGGUUAACAACUGGAUGAAGCAACAGCAAGCAACAAUUGAAAAACAGCUGCAACAAAUGGAGACACCUUCACAAGCGAUUGCCACACCAGCAACUGCUCCAGUCGAGGCAACACAUGCGACGAUAGCAGCACCUCCAGUAUUGCCCCAAUUGUUGUCUGCAGCCUCUUCUUUACCAACAUUGCCGCCUUCCUUACCAACAGUGCCGCCUUCUUUACCAGCAUUGCAUCGCCAGCCAAAUUUGUCUACAAAUGUUUUGCCGCUGCCUCUGGUGGAAGUCAAGACAGAGGAAGAAACAGUGGAGGAGCAGCAGCUGCAAGAAGUGAUACGCUUACUGCCAGCUGAUCGUCUAGAAGCUCCCCUGCAAGUGGUCGCGCCCAUACCACGUACAGUUAGUGAUCCAGUGACGCCAGUGAGCAGCUCUUCCAUCCCAAUAACGAUGCCGGCGCACAACAACGACAAUGUUGUGAAUAGCAGUGGCAGCGUAGCAGAAGUGCCCUCCGCGAGCAGCUCCACUGAUGAUGUGUCCACAUUUGGCACAACGAAAAUGUUUUCAUUUUUGUAUCCUUCACGCUAUAAGCGCUCCUACGGACAGGUGGGAUUGGAUUUUUGUUGCCCCAAUUUAAAUGGGCCAAUGCAGGCCAUUGAUCCGACACGCUUGCAUCAUAAGGCCGAAGUGCCCGUGCUGGAGUUGCCGCAGUACAUGGUCAUCUCAACAAAGAUCUUCUCGAAGCAAGAUAAGAACAUACCGCAAAAGGUGCGCGCCAAGCUUGAGCAGAUGGCGGGCAAGGAGGGACAGCCGUGUGUGGUGCAAUCCGUGCAAAUAUCAGAACCAGUUGCUGUUGCAGCACCGCCUGUUGUCCCCUCUGCACCUCCCGGACCUGUUCUUGCACCCGCUGCCGUGCCUGCUCUUGCUCCUAUUGCUACCAGCGCUCCCAAGCCGGCUCCAUCACCAGCUGCAGCUUCAUCUCCAGCCUCGGGUCUCAUUGAACGCUUGACUAAACCCCUUUCGCUCUCGCUGCCGCGUAGUGCCAUCUUGACCAAGAAAACGAAUCCCACCGCUGCAGCCGUUGCACCAAAUCUGUCCAGCUCACCACCUGUUGUAAAUACGCCUUCAACUGCUGCUGUCGAUCCCUUAGCAAAUCUUUUGCAUAUGCCACCCAUUUGUCCAGGGGACAAACAGCGAGUGGAGCUACAGACACGCAUCCAACUCUUUGAUCUAAUGCUUCAAAAUAUAACGAAGUCUGUCAUAUCGAUGACGGUGUUGGAGCGCCAACGCGUCGUUGAAAGUUUUGUGAGGAAAAGCACCUUGCAGCCAAUUGACGUGGAAGUGGGCACUAAGCUGUUGGAGAACUAUGGCUAUCAUCUAAAUGCAAUUGUGGAUAAUGUCUCAGUGCCAAUACCAAAUCUGCGCCCUCCUGUUACGCUAGCAUCGACACCAGCUGCCACCCCACAGGUAACCAGUGGCAGUAAGAAGCCUUCAAGCUCAGCGGUUGCAGCUGAGGUGGUAAGUCAACCUGGUGAUCCAGCAGAUAAUUAUAGUCGAGCCAUUUACGAUCAGUCUAGAAACGUCAUUGGUUAUGAAUAUAAAAAACCAAGACAUUCGCUGGUCUCACCAUCUUCUACUCCCAGGAAUCCCCAGCAACAACAAACGCCACCAACAGCAGCCAGCAUUAAGCCAUCUGCGCCGACAGCAGGAGCUGGAGGUGGACCUAGUCGUGUGUCUAAGAGAGUGUCUUCUGCCAAUACGGUGUCUUUCCAGCCAUCUUCCAGACAGAAAACAUAUUCACGGACAGCAAACAAAUUGCAGAUGCCUCAGAGGACUCUCGAAAAUGCAACGCCAUCAAGUACACAACAUGCAGCAUCAACUAAUGUGGGUGCCUCUAAUCGUAAUCUAUACAUCGUCAACCAAGUGCUGUCACAGCCGGAGGAAUGCAUCUUGCCAGAUGGCGUUGGCGUGCCGGAGGAUGCAGAGAUCAAGGGCGAGAUUGAUGAUGUUGAAAUCUUAGCUUAAAAUCUAAUUUCACCAUGGACAAAAAAGUAUUUUAAGUUACUUUACGAUUACCCUUUAGCUCAAUAUUUAUUGGCUGAUUUUUAUGGAGACAACCAAACACAGAGAGGAGUGUUAUGCUUAAAUUAUAAAAAAGGAAACGUCAUAAGAGAUAUAAAAUAUGUUAUGUGAAUAAUGAAGAAUUUUUUUUUUAUAUGUUCUCGAAUUGGCGUUAUUUUUUGAAUAAAAAUGUAAUACGCUACAAA